AUGGGGUUUGUUACUACACCGCAAGAGGUCGAGGCACUGUGUAUAAAGGAAUGUUGGAGAAAGGAAGGAAGAAUUGUAGCUGUUAAAAGGCUCAAACAAGUGGCUGAAAGAGUUGAUGUAUUCAAUGAGUAUAUACAUGGCCAAAAUGAGAAUGAGGAAUUUCCACUCACUUGGGACUUAUGCAUACGUAUUGCCACAGAAGUUGCAAGUGCUCUAUCUUAUCUACAUUCAGCCACUUCUUCUGCACGUAUAGAUCAUCGAGAUAUUAAGUCAUCGGACAUACUAUUGGAUGAAAAAUAUCAAGCAAAAGUUUCAAACGUUGGGACUUCAAGAUCUAUUCCAGUUGAUGUUUAUAGCUUCGGAGUGGUUCUUGCAGAGCUCUUAACUGGACAAGAACCUAUUCGUUCAACUAACUCCAAAGAAACAGAAGAUUUAGCAGCCUACUUUCUUCCGAAAAUGGAACUGGAACGUUUGUUUGGAAUCUUUAAUGCUCGAGUUUCAAAGGAUGAAAAAGAACAAAAUAUUAUGAAGUUAGAGAUUGGGAAGUUUGCUGAUCUCACAAUAAGAUGUCUAGACUCAGAUGGAAGUAAUAGACCUACAAUGAGAAAAGUAGCAACAGAAUUAGCAGGUAUUAGAACAUCCAACGAAGCUUCAAUCUCGAAUCAAAAUCCUGAAGAGAUUGAUCCUGUUGAGAUUGAGAUAACAUCUGAAGUUGAAUUUGAAGCCAGUAUAUCUGUUACUGAUGAAUCGAUUUUGGAUAGUAUCAUUAGCCUUUGUUUUUAAGCAAGUGUGGCAAUGUAGUAAAAUAAUUAAUUUUGUUUCUGGUUGUAUAUAUCUUAUCCUAUGUUGAAUGUAUUGUGUGCAUUAAGUUCUACAGCAAGUGUGGCAAUGUAACGAAAUAAUUAAUUUGUUUCUGGUUCUAUCUUAUCCUAUGUUGAAUG